GGAGGGCUCUGAGAGGUAAAGACGGGUCUCGCCCGCUCGUACUCGGGCGCCGUGAUGCUCGGGGUGUCGCGCGCACCUGCUUUUAUUCCAGCUGCCCCUUUAAUUGUGUCAGUGCUGGCGGAGCGCGUGUCAGGGGAGGAGAAUGCUGGGAAUGGUGAGGGAGCAGCAGCCUGGGGGGCGAGCGGCGCGCUGAUGGAGGGGAAGUAGCCUUACUAAGACUUACACUCCUGGCUGUCCAUAUUUCCUGGCGCUGGGAUGCAGUGAGUGGGCCGUGCGUAGGGGCAGCAGGGCGGACACAAAGGUCCACAGUUCGCCACACUCCACAGCGUACUGCAAGGAGCCAUGUAUGGGAGCACCAGGGCAGUGGGGCACCUGGAGGGCAGCCCCGCACGCUCCCCGCGCCUGCCCAGGUCCCCCCGGCUGGGCCAUCGCCGUGCCAACAGCGGGAGCGGGGGCGGGGCUGGGAAGACCCUCUCCAUGGAGAACAUCCAGUCGCUGAACGCUGCCUAUGCCACCUCUGGGCCCAUGUACCUGAGCGACCAUGAGGGCGUGGCCUCCACCACCUAUCCCAAGGGCACCAUGACGCUGGGCCGGGCCACCAGUCGGGCCAUGUACGGCGGUCGCGUCACCGCCAUGGGCAGCAGCCCUAACAUUGCCUCCGUGGGGCUCCCCCAUGCCGAGCUCCUCUCCUAUGGAGACCACGGCUCCUUCUCCAUGCUGCACCACCACCACCACCACCACCAGCAGGGGGUGCCGUCGGGGCUGCGGCAGCAGGCGCGGGACAGCGCCCUGCUGGACAUGCAGUCGCAGAUGAAGGAUAUGCAGCGUGAGAACGAGCUUCUUCGGCGGGAGCUGGAGCUGAAGGACAGCAAGCUGGGCUCCUCCACCAACAGCAUCAAGACUUUCUGGAGCCCCGAGCUGAAGAAGGAACGCGUGAUGCGGCGCGAGGAGGCCACCCGCAUGUCCGUCCUCAAGGAGCAGAUGAGGGUCACUCACGAGGAGAACCAGCCUCUGGAUGCGAGAAGAACUAAGCACCUGCAGCUGACCAUCCAGGCCCUGCAGGACGAGCUGCGCACGCAGCGUGACCUUAACCACCUGCUGCAGCAGGAGAGCAGCAACCGCGGUGCCGAGCACUUCACCAUCGAGCUCACCGAGGAGAACUUCCGCCGGCUGCAGGCCGAGCAUGAGCGCCAGGCCAAGGAGCUCUUCCUCCUGAGGAAGACCCUGGAGGAGAUGGAGCUGCGCAUCGAGACGCAGAAGCAGACGCUGAACGCCCGCGACGAGUCCAUCAAGAAGCUGCUGGAGAUGCUACAGAGCAAAGGCCUGCCCUCGGGCCGCUCCCUGGAGGAGGAGAACGAACGGGCCCGCAGGAUUGCCCAGGUCGAGUCGCAGGUCAGCCACCUGGAGCUCAUCCUGGACCAGAAGGAGAAGGAGAACCUUCACCUGAGAGAGGAGCUGCACCGCAGAACCCAGCUCCAUCAGGACCCCAGCAAGACCAAGGCCUUGCAGACUGUGAUAGAGAUGAAGGACACUAAGAUCGCCUCUCUGGAGAGGAACAUCCGCGACCUGGAGGACGAGCUCCAAAUGCUGAAGACCAAUGGGCUGCUGAACACCGAGGAAAGGGAAGAAGAGCUCAAACAGAUGGAGGUCUAUAAGAACCAUUCCAAGUUCAUGAAAAGCAAGAUUGACCAGUUGAAGCAGGAGCUGUCAAAGAAAGAGUCUGAGCUGCUGGGCCUACAGACCAAGCUGGAGACCCUGAACAAUCAGAACUCAGACUGUAAGCAACACAUUGAGGUGCUGAAGGAGUCCCUCACUGCCAAAGAGCAGAGAGCAGCUAUUCUGCAGACAGAGGUGGAUGCUCUGAGGCUGCGGCUGGAGGAGAAGGAGUCGUUCCUGAAUAAGAAGAGUAAGCAGCUGCAGGAGCUGACGGAGGAGAAGGGCACACUCGCCGGGGAGAUCCACGACAUGAAGGACAUGCUGGAGGUCAAGGAGCGCAAGGUCAACGUCCUGCAGAAGAAGAUAGAGAAUCUGCAAGAGCAGCUUCGGGAUAAAGACAAACAGCUGAGCAAUCUGAAGGACAGGGUGAAGUCUCUGCAGACGGACUCCAGCAACACGGACACCGCAUUGGCCACUCUGGAGGAGGCACUAUCUGAGAAGGAGAGAAUUAUCGAACGACUGAAAGAGCAACGUGAGCGGGAGGACCGGGAACGGCUGGAGGAGGCGGAGUCUUACAAACGUGAGAAUAAGGACCUGAAGGAGAGGGUCACUGCCCUGCAGGCCGAACUCACAGAGAAGGAGGCCAGUCUAAUCGACCUGAAGGAGCACGCCUCGUCUUUAGCCUCCUCCGGCCUGAAAAAAGACUCCAAGCUCAAGUCCCUGGAGAUUGCUAUUGAGCAGAAGAAAGAGGAGUGUAAUAAACUGGAAACACAGCUACAGAAGCAAGCAGAACAGCUUCUCAUUCAGGCACAAAACCCUGCCCAUGAGGCGGAGCAGGCCCCCAGGGGCCCUCCGGAGUUUGUGGAUCGUGUGAAGAUGCUGGAGAAGGAGGUGGCAUAUUUUAAGGAGGAGUCUGGGAAGGCCCAUGCUGAAGUGGACCGCCUGCUUGACAUCCUGAGAGAGGUGGAGACUGAGAAGAAUGACAAGGACAAGAGGAUCACAGAGCUGGAGAGCCUGGCUCCCAGACAGGGUAAGGACCAGAACAAGAAGGGCCCAAACCUCAAACUCGGCCUGCAGGGGGACAAGAAGAGCGGCUCCCAGGAGGGUCGCAAGGACAACCUGACAGACAGCUCCCAGCACAAGCUGGAGGAGCUAAUGACCACUCUGGAGAAAACCAGGCAGGAGCUGGAGGCCACCAAGCAACGUCUCUCCUCCACCCAGCAGUCCCUGGCUGAGCGGGAUGGUCACCUGACCAACCUGCGGCAGGAGCGGCGGAAACAGCUGGAAGAGAUCCUGGAGAUGAAGCAGCAGGCCCUACUGGCUGCCAUCAGUGAGAAGGAUGCCAACAUUGCCCUGCUGGAGCUGUCUGCCUCCAACAGGAAGAAAACACAAGAGGAGGUGCUGGUCCUGAAGAGGGAGAAAGACAGACUGAUGCACCAGCUCAAACAGCAGACACAGAGCCGGAUGAAGCUAAUUGCUGACAACUAUGAUGAUGACCAUGAACAUUCCCUUCAUCCGCAGCCACCGCACAGCCAACAUCUCCACCCUCAACACCCCCACCCUCAACAUUCCCAGCCUCAGCACCCCCAACAUCCCCAACACCCCCACCCUCAACACUCAAUACCUCAGCAACCGCAUCCACAGCAUCCUCAACACCCCCAACCACCAUAUCCAUACCCCUCCCACCCCCAACCCCCACACCCUGCUCAACACCCCCAGCCGCAACACCCCCACACCCCACAACACCCCCAACCGCCGCAGCACCACCCACCUCCUCAACACCACCAACCCCAACAUCCCCACCCCUCACAGCACCACCCACCCCCUCAACACCCUCAAUCCCAACACCCCCACCCCCCACAGCACCACCCACCUCUACAACACCAUCAACCACCUCUACACCCUCAAACCCAACACCCCCACCCCCCACAACAUCACCCACCUCCGCAACACCAUCAACCACCUCAACACCACCAACCCCAACACCCCCACCCACCUCAGCACCACCAACCUCCUCAGCACCCCCACCCCCAACACCAUGGACCACCUCAACACCACCCACCUCCUCAACACCACCAACCUCAACACCCCCACCCCCCACCCCACCACCGUGGCCCUUCCCGUGGGGCCCCUCGUUCCAGCCACUGGCCCUCCCCUGAUCAGGAUGACGAGGAGGGCAUUUGGGCAUAACAGUUUCCAUCAGAACCAAAGUUCCAGUGUUGUUCUGAGCGAUGAUCCAGUCACUGUUGGAGAAACAUCACUCUGGACCCAAGCUGAGACCAUCACCUAUCAUAUUUCACUCUUCAUCUAUACUGAGCACUGAGGAGGAGGAGGGUGUGUGCGAGUUGGAGGCCAGAGGGAGGAGAUGAAUGGACUCAGCCGUGUCUCUGCAGGUGAACGAGACCUUGGCUGUCCCACUCCUCCCUAUGGCCUCCAUGGUACAGACGCCCAUCCAGUGAAACGCCUUUCCAGUGAUAUUCCCUUCCAGUGAGACAUCCUCCCAGUGCAAUCACUAUCCAGUGAGGCGUCCUUCCAUAAUGACACCCUUCUAGUGAAAUGCCCUUGUGGUGAUAUGCCCUUCCAGUGAGAUGCCCUUUCAGUGAUAUGCCCUUCCAAUGAGAUGCUUUUCCAGUGAGAUACCCUUCCAGUGAUUUGCCAUUCCAGUGAGAUACAGAUUCAGUGAGACGCCCUUCCACAGUGACACCAUUCCAGUGAAAUGCUCUUGCUGUGACACGCUCUUCCAGAGAGACACCCUUCCAGUAAUAUGCCCUUCCCUUUAGAUGUACAUCCAGUGAGAUGCCCUUCCACAAUAACACCCUUCCAGUCAAAUGCCAUUGAUGUGCUGUGCUCAUCCAGUGAGAUGCCUUUCUGUUGAGAUACCCUCCAGUGAUACACCUUUCCAGUGAGAUGCCAAUCCAGAGAGAUGAUCUUCCACAAUGACACCCUUCCAGCGAAUCACCCAACCAGUGAGAUGUCAUUCCAAUGAGAUGCACUUGCAGUGUAAAGCCCUUCCAGUAUAAAAAAACAUCAACAGAGAUUACCACCUGACUAAAUAUACCUUAAGAGUGAUGUGAUAUUAACCUGGAUUGACCUCAUCUUGACUGAGACUGAAGCCAGAAGAGAGCAAAUGAGGGAGAGAGUGGGGGACGGAUACAGAGAGAGAGAAAGAGAGACAGAGGUUCAGUCCCGGCCGCACACCGCCCCCUAUUGACUCCGCAGCCCUUUACUUUACUCUGUUAUAUUAUUUGUGACAAUCGGGGGUUGUUUUGUGUGUACUGCCCUAAGGGCUGGUGUUUCAGGUGUGUCAGGUGUCUCAGGUGUGUGUGAGGGUGCUGUGCAGCUCUAUACCUCUUCUCUGUGGUAUGGGAGAAGGGGAUCACUGCCUCACACUGGUGCUGUAAAUGUUUCCUGGUUCAGCGUGGAGCUCAAUCUCAGAGGAUGGGUGUGGCCUGCCUUAAUGGAGCUGGGGGCACAAAGAUGCCCCUUGCUCUGCCCCAUAACCUCGUCUGGCUGUCUGCCAUCAGAAGCUGCUUGGAUCCAAUCUAUGCACACAUUGCAGCAAUGGCCAGUCCUGAGAUUUUAAAUAAACAGUCAAUACAACAGCUCAGUGUCCUGGAUGGGAUAAGUUUCCAUGACCUGACCCCACUGUUAUUGCUCAGAACAUGCACCAAUAGACAGGGUUUAUUUUUCAGAUGACCAAUCAGAACUGUGCUGUCUGUUUUGUGUCCUCUCCCUAAUGGUGCUGAGUAAUGGAGUGAAAUUCAGUGAUCGAACAAUCUUAGCUGCCGAGGCAGUGGUGCCUGCUUGCACAACACCUCUACUAGCACAUAAUCCUUCAUCACACGGCAGGCCUGCUCGCGCAGCUACCUACAUCAUCAAACAAACAGCAUACCUACUCACACACAUGCCGUUUCUCAGUGAACAGUGUACCUGGUCAUGUGGCAUUCCGCAUUGCAUGGGAUUCCUCAUCGCGCACAUGUCUCAUCACACAGCAUUCCUGAAUGCAUGGCGUUCCUCUUCACACGCCGUCUCUGCUCACACAGCAUUCCCAGUCAGAGGUCAUUUCUGAAGGCUCUCUCUCCCUUUCUCUCUUUCAUUCUUUCUUCUUAUCUGAAUGGGCCGUGACUGCAGACUGCUUCUUUGUGUCUCUCUUAGAAAGAGUCUCAGUGCCAGUGACUCAUUAAACCCCUCAGAACAAAAUGGCAGGUGCCUAGCAAAAAAAGAAUAAAAAAUACAAUAUCUAAAUACUGUACUGUGUUUGUAUAAAUGUGGUAAACAAAUGUACAGAAGAAAAAUUUAAUAGAAUAUAUGUUUUUCUUAUAAUGGGCAUGACGAAAAAUGAAAUGGAAAAAAAGUGAGUUGAUCAGAAGACAAUCCCCCUGCAGAGAAGUCUAAGAGUUGUGAACACCUCCUGGUUGUUCAGUUAAUAAUCCUCAGUCAAGCUUCAGUUGUGACUUUAUCUGUCAUGUGAUUGGCCAGUCUGUGAUGUGUGAUCUCAACCUGUCUCAAAGUUCUGCUGCUAUGCACAAACCCAUUAGGAUAACAGUCUGCCAACACAUACAAUAAGGUGACAAUACUGAGCAUGUUUAAAAUGACAGUAUUGGACAUAUGCAACUCUGACUGUAAUUGAGAAUAUUUGGCAUAUAGUAUGUAAUUGAUGAAAAUUAUUACGUGCCCAAAUCAUGUCAGAAUGACUGCUUUCUCCUGGGCCUGGCCCAUUGGCAAUUAUCAUUUUAAAAAAAUAACUUGUCAGCUCACACAGCACAACUGACCACAGUCACACAUUUGAAAAGGAAAGUUGUUAUUAGAAUAAUACUGUAAUUGUGCAGGUUACAGAGGCAUUGGUCGCACUUUUCUCCUUGUUGUCAUUGUCUAAGAGUCUCAUGCAGUGGUGGUGUUUGUGCCGACUGUGGUGAUUGGAUGUUUUAGAGUAGGAAAUGUGUGUCUCUACUCACAGGAAACAGGAUUUCAGACUGUUGCAGCUAACCCCUGCCUUCCCCCCACACCUCUAUGACUGAUUGUGUGUGUGCAUAUUAUGUGUCUGUGUGUGUGUGUGUAUGUCCUGCAUUAUCACAGGUUUGAGUGGCGGGAAGAGGGGGAGGACUGUGUCUCUGUGCCUCAGUGCCUCUACAGGAGACUCACGUCUCAACUUGACAUCCACAGCAAUACUCUGAGAAUUACAACCACAACUAACGCUGUAAGCAGAAAAAAACAUCACCGUCAGUCCAGGUCAGAUGAGAUAGGCAGGUCACAGCGCAAUGGUGAUAAUUAAAAUCACCUUAUAACAACAAGAAUGAGAGAACUUGAACAGAAAAAAAUAAUUGAUUUACAGUGUGGAGAAUUAAAUAAAUGUUGACUAAACAUUUACUCAACGUUCUCAGGUGUGGUUGCGGUCUUAUUUACCAUCAUGGUUCUCGGCGUGUUUGUGGGGUUUAUAGUUAUCAGUAUGGUUCAGUGUGACUGUAUGGUUUAUAGCUACCAUUGUCGCUUUAGUGUGUUUAUGUGGAUUAUAGUUAUCAUGGCGUAGUGUAUUUGUGUGGUUUAUAGUUAUCUGUGUGAUUCUGUGUGUUUGUGAGGUUUGUAGUUAUCAUUAUGGUUCUUAAGUGUGUGCACACAAAGCAAGUCAGUAAUGAUUAUAAUUGCAGGCACUGACUUAAGGAUCCAGAUGCACUGGUUUUACCUUCUGGGUCCUUAUUGGUUCUUCUGAUACUUGAAUAGGGUAGUCUUACGGGGUGUGCUGAAACAGCCUAUUGUAGCCCGUUUCUCUGUGUGUCUCUAAUGUGCCAAUCCUGAGGGUCGUCCUGCCUGAAUCUCCAUCUCUAAGCACAAGAGAGGACUGAUUCUGUCACAGGGGCUCACAAAGGCAGCCAUAAACAACUGAAAAAUGAAAUAUUUUAUGUUUCUUUUCAUGUAGAUAUCCUUUUUAAAAAAAAUAGAAGUAAAAAAAAAAAAAACCUGCAGACCUCUGGGGUUAAAUGAACACUGUGACAAAAAAAAACACAAAAAAUGGGGGAAAUAGAAUUCUGUGCUCUGUUAUGCCUUUAUUUUAUUUUUUACAAAGUCUCGUUUUUCUUUGUAUUAUUUACACAGAUGAAGUCCUUCCAUUUUGGAUUUUAUGGUUUGUAUGUUGUGUAUGUUUUAUGCUGUACAGUAAUGAUAUAUAAAAAUAUAAAAUGUGUAAUGUGUAUGAUGUCUUCAUGGCCGCAGUGUGACCCAACUGGAAACAGGUUUUAGGCCUGGUAAAGCCUGUCUGUGGUUUGACUGUGGGAAGUGCUGUUUGAGUGUCUCACCGUGUGCGAGUAGCAUGUUCUGACCCGUGAUGUCGAAUUUGGUCGUACAGGUUCCACAUGUCCAGCAUGACAUGAGAGUGACGUGUUAUCAGUGUGCCGUAAUGUUUGGUUUCCCCAGCACUGCUCCUGUACUGCUUGAUCUGUGUGGGGACCACCGAGUGCCGGCCAGCUUGUCUCAAUAAAGGAUUUUCUUUCUGAAGA